UCUAUGGCCAAGCAGAUGGAUAGGAAUGCGGUGCAUGAAACUCCUUCUAAAAUGCUGUCAAACAAGAACUGGCUAGAAGGAGAAUAAUUAGGAACGCGUUUGAGAUCUCCAUUUGAAAGUAUGACAGGUGUCAUGACCUGGCUGAAGAGGAGCGUUACAGUUCAUCGUCCUGCCAUGUGACAAGGGUGAAGGAACCUAGAGAAAGGAGGCCAGAUCAGAUCAACCAUUGACAUAGUCCCCUCUAACAUAGUCAGCUGAAAGCGACUUCAAGUUUCUUCAGGAUGCCUGCGGCACUUGUGGAGAACAGCCAGGUCAUCUGUGAAGUCUGGGCCAGCAAUCUAGAAGAAGAGAUGAGGAAGAUCCGAGAAAUCGUGCUCAGUUACAGUUAUAUUGCCAUGGACACAGAAUUUCCAGGUGUUGUGGUGCGACCCAUUGGUGAAUUUCGUAGUUCCAUAGAUUACCAGUAUCAGCUUUUACGGUGCAAUGUUGACCUUUUAAAAAUUAUCCAGCUGGGCCUUACAUUCACGAAUGAGAAGGGAGAAUAUCCUUCUGGAAUCAACACUUGGCAGUUCAACUUCAAAUUCAACCUUACAGAGGACAUGUACUCCCAGGAUUCCAUAGAUCUCCUUGCUAACUCAGGACUGCAGUUUCAGAAGCAUGAAGAGGAAGGGAUUGACACAUUGCACUUUGCAGAGCUGCUUAUGACAUCAGGGGUGGUUCUCUGUGACAAUGUCAAAUGGCUUUCAUUUCACAGUGGCUAUGAUUUUGGCUACAUGGUUAAGUUACUUACGGAUUCUCGUUUGCCAGAAGAGGAACAUGAAUUCUUUCACAUUCUGAACCUUUUCUUCCCAUCCAUUUAUGAUGUGAAAUACCUGAUGAAAAGUUGCAAAAAUCUUAAGGGAGGUCUUCAGGAAGUUGCUGAUCAGUUGGAUUUGCAGAGAAUUGGAAGGCAGCACCAGGCAGGCUCAGACUCACUGCUAACGGGAAUGGCAUUCUUCAGGAUGAAAGAGUUGUUUUUUGAGGACAGUAUUGAUGAUGCCAAGUACUGUGGGCGGCUCUAUGGCCUAGGCACGGGAGUGGCCCAGAAGCAGAAUGAGGAUGUGGACUCUGCCCAGGAGAAGAUGAGCAUCCUGGCAAUCAUCAACAACAUGCAGCAGUGACGGCGGCGAGGCUCUGCAGGGUGGGCCUGGUCCCAGAGUGGUGCUUAAUGUGCCGACUGUGUGUACUUAUCUUCCUCCCCAAGAGAAGACGCUUCUUUUGAGCAAACUGUACCUACCAUCUGCGUUGACAGAAAGACUUUUGUUUUACUGAAGACAAAAGAUGUCUUUUAGAUCCGGAAGAAGGGAGUUUGCUCUGAAUCUGUAAACACGUCUUCCCUAUUCCUCAUCCCUAAGCCUCUCUUCUCCAGUUGCCUCCUGCCACCAGCAUCCAUGGCUCAUUUGACACCUUCUAAAAUCCAGGACAAGUCAGAAACAAACUAGUAAAAUGUAUAUAACUCUUACCUGUGUCAUUCUUUUUCUUUUAAAUUUGUUGCUAAUCUCUGAGGAUGAAGACUUCUUGCUGUGAUUCUCAGCUGAGCUGAGGGCUUCAAGGGAAAGUGGAACCAAGUGGUGGUCUUGUGAAGUGGGUUAUAGAUGUUGAACCUUUCCUUUCCUUCCUUCCUUUUCGUUUAUUUUGACCCUUCUCGAGGACAUUUGCUUUCCUCACACUUUGUUGGUCUUUAUGUAUUAUUCCGUGGAAAUGAAUUACUCAGUGCUGAGAUACGAAGACCAGAUAAUGAAAACUUUCCUUAAAAACAAAAUUCUACUGAAUCUGUCUACCCUUUAUUCACAAGGAACUCCAGAAUGGGUAUUAAGUUAAGCACUUUCUUGAAGUCUGUGUUCCAUUGCGCCACUGAGAUUUGCUGUCACAUGUGCAUCAUUUGAAAUCAUUUAAAGUUUUCAUUUCAUAAAAUACCUUGGAUUUGAUCCCGAAGGAAACUACUAAGAGCAGGUUUUUGGAUCAUAAGUCUGUUACAUUUUCAGUAAUGUGAUUUCAGAUGGUCAUCUGUAUUCUCCUGCCUCUCUUCUGUUUUCCCUGCCUUUCCUUUUCAGCAAACUGAGGAGAAGUUAGGGAGAUGGAUUAUGGUGAGUACCAGCAAUGUGAGUCUUAAAAAGUUAUAGUGGUUACAUGUAAACAGGACAGUAAGGAAUUUGGUUUAUAGGGUUCUCUUGGAGUAAUAUCCCACAACUGGGGUAGGAAGCUCAGGACUGUGAUUUUUUUUUUUUUAACUUAUCAUUUAAGAAGUACACUGUAUUUUUUUUUUGAAUGACUACAGUAUGGACAAUUUCAAAAAACCAAAAACUCCUUUGGAAUAGUGGAAAUGAAAACUGAUAACUCACUGAAGUGGUUGAAUAGUCUUGCAUAUUAAAAGCUUAUGGAAAACUCAAUUUAAAAUGAUUCAAAAGUGUCAAGUAUUAUAAGCUGGUAUUUAAGAUGCUUGUAAAUAUUAUUUAUGUUUUUAAUUUUGUAAAAUAAAGAUUUCUUUUUAACCACUGGCA